AUACAAACUCAAAAGCCUGGCCAAAACGCAGAUGCCUUUGGGCGCUUCUCUGUGAGAGAAAAAUAAGGGAUAAUGGCAGAGAAGAGAGAUGAGGAAAGAGUGUGUGUUACAGGCGCCGGAGGGUAUGUGGCCUCAUGGCUUGUCAAGCUUCUUCUCUCUAAGGGUUUUAUCGUUCAUGGAACCGUCAGAGACCCAUGUGAUGAGAAGAACAGUCAUAUGAAGAAGUUGGAGAAGGCUUCAGAGAAUUUGAAGCUGUUCAAGGCAGACUUGUUGGAGCUUGAAAGCCUCUGUGCAGCCAUUGAUGGUUGCACUGGGGUUUUCCAUGUUGCCAGCCCUGUUCCUUCAGCCAAAGUAGCCAAUCCAGAGGUUGAACUGCUGGAACCAGCCGUCACGGGUACACGAAAUGUACUGAAGGCAUGUGAGAAGGCCAAAGUGAAGAAAGUCGUUGUAGUAUCAUCAGCUGCUGCAGUCAACCGUAACCCAAAUUGGCCCAUGGAUCGCCCCAAAGACGAGGAAUGUUGGUCCGAUCCUGAAUUUUGUAGGACAAAUCAGGACUUUUACAGCCUUGCCAAAACACUAGCAGAGAGUGAAGCUUUGGAGCAUGCAAAGAAAAGUGACCUUAAUAUUGUAACAAUUUGUCCAUCCCUGGUUAUUGGACCCAUGCUGCAAUCCACAUUGAAUGCUAGUAGCCUCCUUCUCCUCAAAUAUUUGAAAGAUGCAAAUGAAUCGGUAGAAAAUAAAGAUCGUCCAAUCAUCGAUGUGCGUGAUUUAGCUGAUGCAAUUUUUUUGAUAUAUGACAAACCCGAGGCAGAAGGAAGAUACAUAUGUUCAUCAUAUACGAUCCUAGUACAAAAAUUGAUAGAGAAAUUGAAGAACAUAUAUCCCAACUACAAUUAUUCUAAGAGUUAUACUGAAGUAGAGGAAGGGUUUAAGCUGAGUUCAAAGAAAUUGGAGAGUUUGGGAUGGAAGUAUAGGCCAUUGGAAGAGACUCUAAUGGAUGCUGUUAAAGACUUUGAAGAGAAUGGCUUAUUGGAUAAACACUAGCCAACAACACUAUCUCUACUGUUUGUGGUUGCUUUGCAUUUUAAACUCUUCUUCCUCUUUGCCAUGGAUAUUGAUCUAAAUAAAACAUCUUUACCAGACACAAUGGUUUUCUACCAUAUGUUGGCAAGUGAUCUAUUGAAAUAAAUUUUAAUUA